UGAAGCAGACCUUGGGAAGAGGGCGCCAGAAAGCGUGUAGGAAUAGAAUUAUGGCUGCCACUUUUGUUUUCUUUACAACAAUGGUUUUUUUAGUAAUUAAUAUCGCGUAUCUUAUAAUGUCACUAGAAAACAAUUAAAAAGUUACCGAUUUUUUCACGUCGAAUGACAGCUGUAGUUGCACUGCUACGAAAAAAUGGAAUCGUCAACAAAAAAAAAAUGAAACAAGCAUUCAUUAGAAAGAAAACUAAAACUGGCAGCCAUGGCAAAUGCAUUGUUUACUAUUGAACAAGUUGAAUUAAUUCGUCGUUUGCGUAAUAGUGGAAUUACAAAAGAACAAGUUGUUAUGGCAUUUGAGCAACUUGAUCGGCUAGAAGGAGAAUUAGGAAAAACUGACACUUCCAAUAAAUUGUUACCUCAGAAUAAUAAUAAUAGCCAGAAUUAUGAAAGUUCUUUUAAUGAAUUACCAGUCAAUAACAGUACCUUAGGAUUUGGUAUUAAUAAAUAUACAAAUAUGCCAAAUUCAAAUAAUUCUUGUCAAGUAAAUAAUGGAAUUUUAAAUACUCUGAGAUCAGAUUUGACCCCACCCAUGCAGUCUUCUUUUAAAGUGGGUGAUCAGUCUAAUUCACAAUCAUUUUCCAGACCUCAUAGUAAUGGAACAUCAUCAAGUGAAGGAAUUUCAGACAGUAACAAUGGAAAUGUUUCACCAAUAGGUAAUCCUGUUACAUCACCUACCUCAAAAAUACCUACAGAUUUAACUAUUAUUCCAUUGACAACUACUUACACUAAUCGACAAGGAACUGAAAGUACAGUAUCUAAUAAAGAAGUUUCUUUAUCUUCCUCAUCAUCGUCAUGUGUUCCAGUACAGUGUAUGAUCAAUCCACAUGAUUUAUUGCAGGAAGAAUGUUAUGAAUUGGAAGAACUGAAAAAGUAAGUGUUUUAUAGAUGAAUUAAAUAAAUUAUGUUUAUAAAUACAGGUAUCUCUUGUAUAACACAGUAGUUAUGUUCCAAAAAAGUGACAUGUUAUGUGAAUUUGUGCUAUAUGAAACAAAGGACUAAUGCAAAACAUGAGAUUAUGUUCCAGAAGUGAGCAAAAAUAUACUAUUUUUUUGUUACUAAGAAAAAUAUGUUUAUUAAAGCAAUCAAUAAUUUAUUUCAAAUCAAUAAUUAACAAUUACAAGUAAAAGUACUAUAUUGGACAUUAAUAUUAAUUUUAGUUAAAUGAGGACAUUUUCUUUUUACAAAGUAUUGUCAUCUUCUGAACUUUUUUGUUGAUCUUGAUCAGAAGUAUCAGCAACAUUUUGCUAUUUUUUAUCAUAAAAAUUUUUUAUGGAUGAUGAAAUAAAAAUAUGUUAUUAAUCAGAAAUUUGUUCUAAUGGGUCAUGUUUGUCCAGUUAAGUACUGUACCAAGCUACUUUUUUCCAGAAUUUGUUUUCAAAUACUGAAUAAUUGAAGUACCGAGAUACUGCUUUAUUUCAUUUGUCAUUUUACAAAUGAUUGCUUACCUAUAGUUGAAAAAAGUUUAAUAACACUUAUCUAAAAAUGUUUAAAUAAAUUUUACUAAAUACGAAGAUUAAUAUUACUACAGAAAGAAAACACAGUGACAGUCUUAAAGGCUAAAGUCUGAAAGCAACGAUGAGAACACCUGGUUGAUAGGAAAGUUAGUGCAAUUUUUUCUUCCUUGUCCUAUUAGUUUUCAUUAAAGUAAACCUGAUGAAAAGCACAAAAUAAUUUGAAAAUUUCAAUAUUAUAAAAUGUGUGGGCAAAUUUGAGGCAACACACAUGCUUAUUUGAAUAAAAAAAAUAUUGAAUAACGAAGUUUACACUUAAAAAUCAUGAAAUUUUGUAUGAUGGAUUUCCAAAACUGUAUUAAAAUGAAACUGGAAGUUGUGUUGUACAGGGGAUAUCCCCAAUUUUCAAACUGUGUUAGAACAAAACAGUGUUGUAGAAGUACUGUGUUGUA